GCGGUCCCCUCCGACCUCCGGCGUAAGUCCCCGCCCCCCUAUCCGGCAGAGGACAGACAGAGUGAAGAUGGCCGCGUCCCUGAAGUGUUUCCUCCGCACAGGAAAGAAUGCCGUGUCGGCUCUGCGGCGGCGGGGAAUCCACAGGAGCGCCCCGGCCGCAGUGCAGGUGACGGUGCGCGAUGCCCUCACCCAGGCGAUGGACGAGGAGCUGGAGAGGGACGAGCGGGUUUUCCUGUUGGGUGAAGAGGUGGCUCAGUACGACGGAGCCUACAAGGUGAGCAGAGGUCUGUGGAAGAAGUAUGGCGACCAACGCAUCAUUGACACUCCAAUCUCAGAGAUGGGCUUCACUGGCAUUGCAGUGGGAGCUGCCAUGGCCGGCCUGAGGCCCAUCUGUGAGUUCAUGACCUUCAACUUCUCCAUGCAAGCCAUCGACCAGGUCAUCAACUCCGCGGCGAAGACCUGCUACAUGUCGGCCGGUCUGCAGUCGGUGCCCAUCGUCUUCAGGGGACCCAACGGAUCCUCGGCGGGCGUCGCCGCACAGCACUCGCAGUGCUUCGCCGCAUGGUACGCUCACUGUCCAGGUCUGAAGGUCGUCAGUCCCUGGAACUCCGAAGAUGCCCGAGGUCUCCUGAAGGCAGCGAUCAGGGACGACAACCCCGUGGUCUUCCUGGAGAACGAGCUCAUGUACGGCGUCGCCUUCGAGAUGUCGGAGGAGUCUCAGUCCAAAGACUUCACCGUUCCCAUCGGCAAGGCCAAGGUGGAGAGACAAGGGAAUCACGCCACUCUGGUUUCUCACUCUCGGUACGUCGGCCACUGUUUGGAUGCGGCGGCCGUCCUCGCCAAGGAGGGAAUCGAGUGUGAGGUGAUCAACCUGCGGACCAUCCGCCCCAUGGAUGUGGAGAGCAUUGAGACCAGCGUGAUGAAGACCAACCACCUGGUGACGGUGGAGGGCGGCUGGCCGCAGUUCGGCGUGGGAGCCGAGAUCUGUGCCCGGAUCAUGGAAGGUCCGGCCUUCAACUACCUGGACGCUCCGGCCACCAGGGUGACGGGCGUCGACAUCCCCAUGCCGUACGCCAAGAUCCUGGAGGACAACAGCGUGCCGCAGAUCAAAGACAUCAUCUUCUCCGUCAAAAAGACCCUCAACGUCUGAGUCACACACACCGACCCGACCCGACCCCUCUGUCUCGUUCACACAGUGAAAUGGUAAAAUAUUUGAACCUCGUGUAAAUACAACCAAACGCUGUCUUUAAAAAACGAAACCUUCUCCAGAGUGUACAAUUUCCAGCCAGAUGUUUAUCGCUGAAACGCACAGCUGUUCAUCCUGCACCCAGAGCAGUGGACCCCCUUCCAAAUAAAGGUUGCUCUAUCCUGUAGGUUAUUUUUCUUUUCAACUGUAGUUCUGUUUUCUGUGACAAAAGAAAAGUCAGGAUUUGAUCCGUCUGCAGGUCUGAGAGCCGGUGAGCUCAGAAUAAUCUGACGUCCAGAGGGACUUUGUGUUUAGAUUUAAACUUCCCUCGUUUAAAAAAAAGCAGUGAGAACUUUUCAAAAGUCCAUAAAAGGUAUGAAUAUGCUACUUAUUGACAAAGAAAAACAAAAUCUGACAUCAAAUCAGGAACUUUAGAGCUCAGGUUCUUCAUUCGACACAUUAAUAUUCCUCAAACUAAGGAAACUACUGACACUCGGAAUCCGACAAAACACUUGUGUAAACAGAAUCAGGUUUCAGAUUCAGAGUUUGAUUAUUCUUAGAUUCAGACCUGCUGACUGGUUCAAACUCUUUGUCAAUGCACACUCUUCUGUUUCUCACCACCAGAACGUUAAUACUCGAGUCUGUUAUAACCUGACUAUUCACACUUAACUCGGUCCGUCUCUCCGGGCGCUGCAGGUGGAGUGCGGGUCGGGAUUAUUUAUUGUAGCUGCAGCAGCUCUGCGGAUUCUCUUGUUGCUGUAAAAUGUCUCUGUUACAGAAAUGAAAUAAUAAAAACCUUUCAGCCCUAAA